ACUCAAAGGGAAAUUCCUUGUCAUUGCUAUGCCAAAGCAAUUACAGCUAUACCACAAAAAUUAUCCCACUAUAAUUACGCCGGUAUGAGCUUCCAUCUGAACAAUAUCCUGGAAUGUUUUCCCAAGCAGCCAAAAUCCUCUGGCAGCUCUGGUUCCAAGCCUCUGGGAGGUAGGGAUCUGCUCCCCAAAGCCCUUUUCUUCCUCACCCUGGUGACUCAGAGAGCAACCCAAGAUCUAGUUUUCCCCGGUACGAGUUUUCCUAUCGGAGCGUUGUAGCUCGACUGGUACCUUCCUGCAGGCUCUCUGACUCCUCCCAGGAAGUCCCCGCUACAGAUGAAGCAUUUCAGAGGCAGGGAGAGGGCAGCAUGUGUGGAAAGGCAGCCUGGGUGGCUGUGUCAGACUUCCACAGCGUCAGGCAGCGUGGUCCAGCUUGAUUGAUCUGUGGAGUGCUUGUCUCACCCCUCUGCUUUGUGCCUGGGGGAAAUGCAGGUCCGUGCCCACAGGAGUGAGACAGCAGGAGCCGUGGCAUGCUCAGGAGAGCGAGACCGUCCCUGCGUCACUUCUUGCUGGAGAGAAAGAGCAGCACUGGAUAUAGCUCCUACUUCAGCGAGGCAAAAAUGUCAAGGCCAGUGCAAUCUCGGAGGCUGGAGGGAGUGGAUAAGAAUAUCUGGGUGGAGUUUGUAAAACUGGCUGCCACCUACUCCACAGUGAAUCUGGGCCAGGGCUUCCCUGACUUCCCCCCACCGAACUUUCUGAAGGAGGCGUUAGUGACAGCCCUCAGCGGGGAGAACAGCAUGCUGCACCAGUACACCCGUGCCUUUGGACACCCACCUCUGGUGAAGAUCCUAGCCCAGCUUUUUGAGAAGCUGCUCGGACAGGACCUGGAUCCUAUGACCAAUGUGAUGGUGACUGUUGGGGCAUACCAGGCCCUUUUCUGCUGCUUCCAGGCUUUCGUUGAUGAAGGCGAUGAGGUGAUAAUUAUUGAGCCCUUCUUUGACUGCUAUGAGCCGAUGGUGACAAUGGCUGGUGGGACACCAGUGUUUGUCCCACUGAGACCGAAAGCUCCAGAAAAUGGAAAAAUGAUGUCUAGUGCAGACUGGAAGCUGGACUCGGCUGAACUGGCUUCUAAAUUCAAUAAACGGACAAAAGCCAUUGUCCUGAACUCACCCAACAACCCUCUGGGCAAGGUAUUCAGCCGAGGGGAGCUGGAACUCAUUGCAGACCUGUGUGUGAAGCAUGAUGUCCUGUGCAUCAGUGAUGAGGUGUACGAGUGGCUGGUCUAUGAUGGGAAGGAGCACAUCCGCAUCGCCAGCUUGCCGGGGAUGUGGGAUCGCACAGUGAUCAUUGGGAGUGCUGGGAAGACCUUCAGUGCCACUGGCUGGAAGGUAGGCUGGACCGUGGGACCCAACAGGCUGCUGCAGCACAUCCGUACCGUGCACCAAAACUCAGUGUACCACUGUGCCACAGCUGCCCAGGAGGCUGUGGCUCAGGGUUUCCAGAGGGAGCUCAUGCUCUAUGGGAAACCAGACAGCUACUUUGUCCAACUGCCCAAGGAGCUGCAGAAGAAGAGAGAUUGGCUGGUCCAGAGCCUGGAUGCUGCAGGGAUGAAACCCAUCAUCCCCGAGGGCACCUACUUCUUGUUGGCAGACAUCUCCAACUUCAAAUCUGAUGUCCCCGACAUCCCUAAUUCUGAUGAGCCCUAUGACUCCAGAUUUGCAAAGUGGAUGGUCAAGAACAAGGGACUUGCUGCCAUUCCACUCUCUGCUUUCUACUGUGGGGCCCACAAGAACAACUACAGCCAUUUCAUCCGGUUCUGCUUCGCAAAGGGUGCGGACCGGAAGGUGGACUGGCGGCGGUGGAAGCAGGAGAGGAAAGCCGAGAAGAAGAAAUGGAAGGAGAUGAAGCUGCUGAAGAAGCUGGAAAAGCAGCGGAUGCGAGAGCUGGAGGAGAAACGAGCCGAGAAGCGAGAGGAGCAGCGGGAAGACAGAGGGCGGCACUACACGCUGAGCGUGGCCCUGCCGGGCUCCAUCCUGAACAACGCCCAGUCCCUGGAGCUGCGGACGUACCUCGCAGGACAGAUUGCCCGGGCCUGCGCCAUCUUCUGCGUGGAUGAGAUCGUGGUGUUCGACGAGCACGGGGAAGAUGUAAAGAGCGUGGAGGGGGACUUUGAAGGAAUUGGAAGGAGAGGCAAGGCUUGUGUGCAGCUGGCUCGGAUCCUGCAGUACUUGGAGUGCCCUCAGUACUUGAGGAAAUCCUUUUUCCCAAAGCAUGAGGAUCUGCAGUUUGCAGGGCUGCUCAACCCCCUGGACAGCCCCCACCACAUGCGGGUGGAUGAGGACUCGCAGUACCGGGAAGGUGUAGUGUUGGACCGGCCAACCAAGGCGGGCAGAGGCUCUUUUGUUAACUGUGGGAUGAGGAAGGAGGUGCAGAUCGACAGAGAGCUGAACCCUGGCCUGCGAGUCACCGUGCGCCUGGAGGAACCCCAGAAGCCAGAAGCUAAAGUGCGGAAAGGCACCGUGGUGUCCUCACAGCACCCUCGGACGGUCUCGGGCUUAUACUGGGGUUACAGCGUCCGCCUUGCCUCCUGCCUGAGUGCUGUAUUUUCAGAGUGCCCGUUCAAGGAAGGCUACGAUCUCUCCAUUGGGACCUCAGAGCGGGGCAGCUCCGUGGAUGAGGCCACUCUCCCUUCCUUCAGGCAUGCCCUUGUUGUGUUUGGAGGUCUGGAGGGCUUGGAAGCUGGGGUUGACGUGGACCCAAACCUGGAGGUCACUGACCCCAGCGUCCUGUUUGACUUCUACCUGAACACGUGUCCCAGCCAGGGCAGCAGAACCAUCCGGACAGAGGAAGCUCUGCUCAUCUCCCUGUCUGCGCUGAGGCCCCACAUCGACGAGGCUGUGAAGACACCGGUGCCAGCUGAGGGCAGGGAAACCACAGACCCUGCUGGCAGCUGAGGACUGCCUGGGGCAGAGGCUUUUCAGACGUGGGGUGCUGGGCACAUCACUCCAAGAGCCUGCGGGGCCAAGCACAGUGACUGAAGCUGGAGGUGCUGCUUGACUGACCCCCUGGCUGCUGUUGGGAACAGCAAGUCUGCAUCUUGUCUGUAUGGUCCUGCCAAGGGCUGGUCACCGCCCCUCCACAGCUGAGAGGAGCCUGGCAGCAGGAUCUCAGCCAUGGAGACAUCUGGGGUGGGGAAUAAAGCAAUAUAGAACCUCA